AUGGGCGGCGCGGCGGCGGGUACCAAGUGGAUCCACCACAUCCAGCGCCUCAGCGCGGUGAAGGUGUCGGCGGAGGCGGUGGAACGGGGCCAGAGCCGCGUCAUCGACGCCUCCCUCACCCUCAUCCGCGAGCGCGCAAAGCUCAAGGCAGAGUUCCUACGUGCUCUGGGUGGCGUGAAAGCUUCAGCGGCGCUCUUAGGGGUCCCUCUUGGUCACAACUCGUCCUUUUUGCAAGGCCCUGCAUUUGCUCCUCCACGCAUAAGGGAGGCCAUUUGGUGUGGAAGCACAAAUUCUAGCACAGAGGAAGGCAAAGAAUUGAAUGAUCCUCGGGUGCUAACUGAUGUUGGUGAUGUCCCCAUUCAAGAGAUCCGUGACUGUGGCGUUGAAGAUGACAGAUUGAUGCAUGUAAUUAGUGAGUCUGUUAAAACACUGAUGGAGGAGGAGCCUCUUCGACCGUUGGUGUUAGGAGGCGAUCACUCGAUAUCUUAUCCAGUGGUUAGGGCUGUGUCUGAAAAGCUUGGAGGACCUGUUGAUAUUCUUCAUCUUGAUGCACAUCCAGAUAUCUAUGAUUGUUUUGAAGGGAACACUUAUUCACAUGCCUCUUCAUUUGCUAGAAUAAUGGAAGGUGGUUAUGCCAGGAGACUGCUACAGGUUGGAUUGAGAUCAAUUACCAAAGAAGGGCGUGAGCAAGGGAAGAGAUUUGGUGUGGAACAGUAUGAGAUGCGAACCUUCUCAAAGGACCGAGAGAAGCUUGAGAAUCUGAAACUUGGGGAAGGUGUAAAGGGAGUGUAUGUCUCAGUUGAUGUGGACUGCCUUGACCCAGCGUUUGCUCCUGGGGUCUCUCACAUUGAACCAGGAGGCCUCUCGUUCCGCGAUGUGCUCAACAUCCUCCAGAAUUUGCAGGGUGAUGUUGUCGCCGCUGAUGUGGUGGAGUUCAACCCACAGCGCGACACGGUGGAUGGGAUGACAGCCAUGGUCGCCGCUAAACUGGUCCGGGAGCUCACUGCUAAGAUCUCCAAACCCGCCUCGCGCCGCGGUCGUCAUGGGCGGCGGCGCCUCCUCGACGCCGUCCCCUCCGUCCGCUGCCUCGUCAGCACGGCCGCGGGCGUUGACCACAUCGACCUCGCCGAGUGCGCGCGCCGCGGCGUCGCCGUCGCCAACUCGGGGACGGUCUACUCCGCCGACGUCGCGGACCACGCCGUCGGCAUGCUCGUCGACGUGCUGCGGCGCGUCUCGGCGGCGGAGCGGUUCGUUCGGCGCCGGCUCUGGCUGCUGCAGGACGGCGGCUACCCUCUCGCCUCCAAGCUAGGGGGCAAGCGUGUCGGCAUCAUCGGACUGGGGAACAUUGGUUUGCUGAUUGCAAAGAGGCUUGAGGCUUUUGGCUGUGUCGUCUACUACAACUCCAGAAGGCCCAAGGAUUCGGUCUCUUACAAGUAUUUCUCAAAUGUUCACCAUCUUGCUUCUGAAUCAGACAUCCUCGUCGUCGCCUGCGCGCUGAACAAGGAGACGAGGCACAUCGUGAACAAGGACGUUCUGGAGGCCCUAGGGAAGGAUGGGAUCGUCGUAAACAUCGGCCGAGGCUCCAACAUCGACGAGGCCGCCUUAGUCGGUGCACUGAAAGAGGGGAGGAUUGCAGGUGCUGGCCUCGAAGUCGUUGAGAAUGAACCCAAGGUGCCUGUAGAGCUCUUGUCCAUGGACAAUGUGGUGCUGACGCCUCGUUCAGCAGUUUACACGAUGGAGUCGAGGUCGGACCUGUGUGAGCACCUGAUUUGCAACCUCGAAGCUUUCUUUGCCGGGAAGCCACUGAUCACGCCCGGUCGUGUUGCAGUGCAGGCUAGUUCAGUCCAGCUAUUGGGAGGUAACAAUACUUUUACCACGAGCUAG